AUGAUCAUGGCUGUCACUGUCAACUCGCCGUUAGACCCGAAUGUCUCUCUAUCUUUCAAAGAGGUCCAGCUUUGUGAGACGACUCCGGGUGUCAAGUCUUGGAGCGGCUACGUGAACCUGCCCCCAGAUCCUGCUGAGGGCCGCGACUAUCCGACACAUACCUUCUUCUGGUUCUUCGAAUCUCGACAAAACCCCGGAAUCGCUCCUCUUUCGCUAUGGCUCCAAGGCGGACCGGGCUCACCUUCUAUACCAGCAGCCAUUGGUGAAAACGGCCCUUGUACUGUGACAGAGGACUCAACUGAUACUGUCCUGAACCCUUGGUCAUGGACCAAUGAGGCCAACAUGCUCUACAUUGAUCAACCUGUCUCAGUUGGGUUUUCGUACGACACACUUAUCAAUGGAACGAUCGACGAGUUUUCAUCACCUUUCAACAUUACAGCCCACGGAAAUGCGGCCCUGAAGGCCCUCGAAACCAACUCCACUGUUCUGGGUGGCACCUUUUCUGAUCAAGUCUCGCUCACAACGCCGAAUACGACAAUGACUGCUGCUCGAGUUGCGUGGCAUUUCAUGCAGACCUGGAUGAAAGAAUUUCCAGCACUCAAGCCUAAGAACAACAAAUUCAGCAUGUGGGGUGAGAGCUUUGGCGGCCAUUAUGUUCCAACAUUUGCCGAUUUCUUCUUGUCGCAGAACCAGCUCAUCACAGAUGGCAAGCUUGACAAGUCGGCGAUUCCCCUUCAGCUUGACACCGUUGGUCUUAUCAAUGGCUGUGUCGACAUACUGACUCAGAUGCCCUUCUACCCUGAUAUGGCGAUCAACAAUACAUAUGGCCCUGUGAUCAACGAAUCUGUGUAUAAAGCUGCCGUUGAUAGCUGGCCCGUUUGUGAAAAGAUGGUGGAAGAAUGUCGAUCACUCGCAGACGCACAUGAUCCGAUGCGGUAUGGAAAUGUUACAGAUGUCAAUCAGGCAUGCGGAGGAGCUUAUGCUACCUGCUUUGAGACGGUUUGGACUGAUCUCACCAAACUUGGCCGAGAUACGUUUGAUCUAACAGCCAAAGUGCCAAGCGCUUUCCCGCCCAAGUACGCAGCAGGCUUCCUCAAUCGAAAACCGGUACAGACAGCGCUCGGUGUUCCUCUCAAUUUCACCGGGUUAUCUGAUCCAGUGAGCACCGGGUUUCAAAAUACUGGCGACUUCGUUCUAGGUCAUAAUCUUGCCAUACUUGGGAAGCUCCUUGAUCGAGGCAUUAAAAUCGCUCUUGUCUAUGGUGACGCAGACUAUCAGUGCAAUUGGCUGGGAGGAGAGGCACUCAGCCUGGCAAUCAAUUCCAGCAUUAAAUCCAACUUCCAUAACGCUGGAUAUGCCAACAUCACUACCAAAGGAGGCCGCAUUGCGGGCACAGUCCGACAAUUCGGAAACUUGUCUUUCUCAAGAGUUUUCAGCGCAGGUCAUCAGGUUCCGUACUAUCAGCCAGAAGCAGCUUUCGCCAUCUUCAACCGCACCAUGUCAGGAGUCGAUGUUGCAACCGGUAAAGCGUUUGCGGAGUCUGUCAGUACCAAAGGUCCGAAGUCGGUCUUUCGCAUCAAGACCGCCGUAUUUCCUCACCCUGCGCCUCAAUGCUAUUUCUGGGAUCAGUUGGAGACCUGCACCCCAACGCAGAAGGCGAUGAUACGAAACGAAACCGCCAUUUUGAAAGACUACAUCAUGGUCGGAUACCAUUCUCCAGAUGGCGCGGCGGUGUACUAUUAG